CCAAUAACGUGCGGGGAGUAAUUAUUCCCUCAUCCCUCCACCAACAACCCUUAGAUUUUUCACUUUUACACUAUCAUUAUUAAUCAGAACAGACCGAUACCGAUACCGCUACCGCUACCGAUACCGCCGUAUUACCGCCUGCUGAAACAAGCAGGUAACAGGAAUUGUUACAAUAUAAGAACUAAUGGAACUAAUGGAACUAAUGGAACUUUAGUGCUUACCUAUUUACCUUAGGUACUUAAGCUUUAUACGUUUAUACUUGAUUGAAGAAAAAGCAAGGCUCUAAUUUAUCUCUUCUUUUUUCCCUCGCAGACGUUGAUGUAUGUUACACUGUCGCAUUGCGGCGUAAGAUAAGGCUACAGAACACGAAACCAUGGGUCGUCUCCACCCAAGUGCUAAAUACCAUUAUGAGUGGAGGGAUAUCCGUUGUCAGAGGCGCAGAGGAACAAUAGCCGAGCAGAAAUCCCCGGACGGAGGCGGAUGGGUUCCAAAUUCGACAUCCGAGGCUUGGCAGAGAUUCAGAUGGGCGCCUUCACGAGUAGCUGGCUGUCUUGGGCUGACAAAUACCGUAUCCUAUUCAGAUCAAAGUCAGUGUCUACUCUUACGGAUGCCGCCUGAGAUCAGGCUUGCUAUAUGGGAGUACGCGCUUGGAGACGACGACGCUUGCAUACUGAGGAAAGUAAAUAAGCUCGCGCACGUCGUGCUUCCGCGUGACCAGGGGAGGCUCGAUGAGUUGAACCAUAAUAGGAGACGUGCUUACCGACCGCUCUGGAGGGAUAUUGGGGCUGAGAGACGGUUCCUGGCAGACGAUGUAACGGCCGAGUUUAACAUGUUGACGCCCCUCCAGAGCUGCAAAUGGAUGUACUGUGAGACAUUAAGUCUAUUAUACAAACGACACUUCAAGUUCGAAAGGAUGGAGGCGUUUUACCGCUUUCUCGUGCUUUCGCCAACGGUAGGCCUCGAAGCCGUGCGGUCGAUUGAGCUCGACUGGUCCGGCUUCUACUACUGGGCGCGGUUCGAAGAAAGUAAGACUCUAGGGUCGUCUCUGAACCACAACGAGAGCUGGGGGGAGAUCUGCGACGCCGUCGUAGCUAUGACGGGCCUGAGACGCCUGACGAUCCGCGUGCUGGCGUUUGAACAUCCCCUGCUGCAGGACGAGUGGUAUUGCAUGAUAAACAAGAUAGUAGCGCCGCUUGGGCUGCUGUCGGAUCGGGUGGAUUUCACGGUUCUCAUUCGAGACGAGGAGCUCGGGCGGAAUUUUCAGGAUCGGUUGCAUGAAGAGGGGUUUACGAAGGUCCGAGUUAAUAGUCUUUCUGCGGCAUAGUAUAUACCCCUUUCCAUCGUCUUUAGUAAGGAGGCUUUUGGUUGAAUUGAAGAAAAAAGAUAAAGCUAUGAAUAUAACUUUUGAGAAUUAACUGUGAUUUAUAUACCGCUGUUUCCUUGGUGUAAAAAAGGGGGGCGAUUUGGCUUUUUUUUUUUUUUAAAAAAAAAAACCAAACAGCACGAUGACGAAUUCAUCAUAAAUCUAUAAUGUUUGGAUAUAUUUAUUUCUAUUUUAUUUGUUUCUGAUACUGAAAUAUAUUCUAUAUAUAAA